AUGCGAUCCUCAUACCUACGCCUUGCCAUUUUGGCCACCUUGAGCAGUCUCAUUGGCACCUUCGGUCGAGCAAUCCCACACCCUAACCUAUCUUCAAGCCAACUUCCCGGAUCCUACCCUACCACUGUUGUCGGCCAGGGUCAUCCUAAGCAAUUUUUGCCUGAAAAUGUAGGCAAUUGGGCAAAUGGAAUAAACCCGCAUGUACAUUCUGUCCCUUUGAUCGACACAGAUAAUGCUCAUGCCCAGAGUCACCGCCAACAACGAGAAACUAGCUUAGACGACGGCACUAGCCCCGCCGAGAAUGAUUCGGCUAGCGUGCAUCAGCAUGCUUCCAGAGCUACAGCGGAUUGGAAUAAGUAUGUCCAAAAAGGCCAAGAACUAAUCAACAACCUCGAAAACGCCUUGAAGAAUAAGAAGGCAAUCGACAGCAAAUUUAACAUUUUUAGAGGAUGGAAACCAAGUGAUAAAAAACCUGAAACACUUCCGUCAGUGGUAGGAAGCGCGAUGGACUCUGAUGGCAUUCCAACUGUUCAGUCUCAGCAUUACAAAUAUUGGGAGGCGAAGGAUCCUCAAUCACCAUCCCAGUACUCUGGCUUUUUCGAGAGCGGUUCGAAUCCAAAGGCAAUGAUUGAAAAGAGAAUAUCAAAGAAUGGCAAUCCUAGCCUGCAAAUGUCCGAGGUUGCAUUCCAGUUGGCGUCGUGGGCCCUUGAUGAUGGUGAGGAGUCUCUUCAAAAGUUGGAAUACAUCUAUAAGCCUGAAAUCCAAAACCCUUUAACCGUGGACAUUAUGAAACAAGCAUAUGCAAAUACUUGUGACAAAGGAGACCGAAUAGUCUUCAAGCCUGAUUCUGAGGAGUUCAAGGCAUUGCUUGGAUCUCCGAAUGGUGCACUUGUGCCGCGGAUGCUUAUAGACCAUGCCGACUUUUUUGGGAAGACUGUCAAGGAGAUCAGGCUCUAUCUGGAGAAGGAUAUGAUGGUCUUCAAGCUCGGAUAA